AUGCUCGUUGGCAUCUGUGGCAGCAUAUGCUCAGGCAAGAAGACGGUAGCGCAAUAUCUGGUUGAGCAUCACGGCUUCAAGCACCUCUACCUACAGACCCCUGCUGUGCCAGUCAAAGAUCAGCGGGCUACAGACAAUUCAUCUCCAUCGUCAGACGGCAGCAAUGUGGCCUCCUCAAAUGCCCUCGCUGUGAGCAACGGCAGCACCUCCUCACACGUCUUUGCCACGGCCGAAGAGCUACUGGACUUUGUCACUCGACGAUGGCGCAGCCGCUUUGUGACGACGGACAUCCCCACGGAAAAGGUGCUGGACGUCUUCAUCCGCCGGCCAUUCUUCCUGCUCAUCUCCAUCGACGCUCCGCUCACCGUGCGCUGGCGGCGUUUCCAGCAGCGCUCCAAGCAGCCCGAGCAAGCCGCCAUCAGCCUCGAGGACUUUGUCGCGCAGAAUGACCUGCACCUCUACGACCCUGUCACAGGCCUACAGCCGCUCAUCUCGCGGGCCACCGUCAGGCUGCUCAACACUUCGUCCUCCCUGGCUCAUCUCUACGCAACACUAGGGAAGCUCGACAUUCCCAAUCCCGACCGCAUGCGGCCAGGCUGGGACACGUACUUUAUGGAACUGGCGUCUCUGGCUUCUCAGCGAUCAAACUGCAUGAAGCGCCGAGUCGGCUGCGUCCUGGUUGGCAGAGAGCGGCGAGUCAUCAGCACUGGAUACAACGGCACGCCGCGCGGGUUGCGAAACUGCGCCGACGGCGGCUGUCCCCGAUGCAACGAGGGCAACAGCUCGGGAGUCGGACUGGCCACCUGCUUGUGCAUCCACGCCGAGGAGAACGCGCUCCUGGAGGCCGGGCGGGAGCGUAUCCGGGAGGGUUCCGUGCUGUACUGCGAUACGUGCCCGUGCUUGACAUGUAGCAUCAAGAUCUGCCAGGUUGGCAUCGCGGAGGUGGUGUAUGCUCAUGGGUACAGUAUGGAUACCGAGGCGGCAGAGGUGUUUAGACAGGCGGGCGUCAAGCUACGCCAGUUUAUCCCGGUCAGUGAUGUUUUACUCUUGUUGAACUUGUGA